AGCUGUUAAGUUUUUGUUAGAGUCUGGAGCUGAUCCAAACUUAGGAGAUGAUUUUACAAGCACUUACCACAAAGCAAGAGAAACAGGUUUAAACUCCCUACAAGUGCUUGUGGUAAGAGAGGAUGAGUUCUGUGAUCGUCUUAGCAACCGUGCCUCAUUCAAAUGUUGUACAGCUCUACAUUAUGCCACAUUAGUUGAUGAUACCAAUAUCUGCCAACUAUUGAUGGAGGCUGGUGCUAAUCCAACACUAGAGAAUGAAAAUGGCCAUUCACCUGCAGACUAUGCUAGAACUAGAGAAAUGAAGCAACUGAUAGAAAGUUAUGCAAAGAAGUAUAAAGCUGUUGAGGAACAGAGAGCAUUAGAAGAGAGAAGGCGCUAUCCCUUAGAACAGAGAUUAAAAGAAAAUAUUAUUGGACAAGAGGGCGCUAUCACUACAGUUGCUGCAACAAUCAGGAGAAAGGAGAAUGGAUGGAUGGAUGAUGACCAUCCUCUGGUCUUCCUCUUUCUAGGAUCUUCAGGAAUUGUUUUUUUUUUAUCAAAUCAGGGUCGUCUUACUGAUGGCAAAGGUACUACAAUUGAAUGUAAAGAUGCUAUAUUUGUGAUGACCUCAAAUUUAGCAAGUGAUGAAAUUGCUAAUCAUGGCCUACAGCUGAGGAUGGAAGCUGAAGAGAUCAGUAGACAACGACAUAAAGCUAACCUAGAAAACACAACUGUUGAAGAGGAAAUCACUGUUUCUAGAAGGUUUAAGGAGUUGGUAGUGCAACCAAUACUAAAAAGACAUUUCAAACGAGAUGAGUUUCUCGGUAGAAUCAAUGAGAUGGUCUACUUCUUGCCAUUCUCUCGGUCUGAGCUCAUUAAACUGGUUAAGAAAGAACUGGACUUCUGGGCAAAAAGGGCUGAACAGAAACACAACAUAGAGCUGACGUGGGAUAGACAUGUACUGGAUGUACUGGCAGAUGGUUACAAUGUACAUUAUGGGGCAAGAUCAAUCAAGCAUGAAGUAGAACGAAGGGUGGUAAACCAGUUGGCGGCCGCGCAAGAACAGCAGCUUAUCAAGAAAGGUUGUCAUCUUAACAUUACAGUUGAUAAUCCAAACGAUGAACUUAGCAAGGAGACAACAAAGCAGCAACCGAAAGAACCUGCAAUCCGACUCCAAAUUACGGAGAAAGGGAAAAAACAAACACUAGAUUUACCCCAUGUCCCAAUUGCAGAAAGAAUACAUGAUGCAUUUUUCUAAAACUUCCAAAAUAAUUUUACACUCUAUUAAGAUGAUGUAUAUACAGAU